AUGAGCAGUGCUCGUGAUGCGCAAAACUUUGCAUGUGAUGAAUGCAGAGCGAGAAAGUCAAGGUGCUCCAAAGGAAAGCCAAAAUGUCUCCAAUGUCUGAAACUCGGGAAAGAAUGUAUCUACAGUCCGAAGAUCGUUCGGAGUCCAUUGACACGACAACAUCUUACAUAUGUGGAAGACCGGCUGAAUGCCGUGGAGACGGCGCUGAGUAAAUUGUUUCCAGGAGGCGAUUUGGAUAGUGUUGUAGGCUCUCUACUCCAGGAUCAGGAUCCUCAUCAGCGGAAAUCAUUGUCGCCAUCUGUUUCGUCAAAAGACUCUCCACGUCCUCGGCCAGAGAGCAAGCAUUCCGAGCCCGCUUUGGAAGCAGUUCCACAGCAAGCUGAUGGAUUUGACUGGGCUGAGCGAGAGAUCUCACUCGGUGAUCUCUCUGAUGGUAUGGCGGCCUUGUCUAUCAGACCCGAAGGAGCUGGGUAUUUUGGGGCAUCUUCUAGCGUUGUCCCGCUACGAGCCAUUACAGAGCAUGGCUUCGAUUUGAAUAUUCCAUCGCCGGGUGGAUCAGGCUAUCACAGAACAGCACCACUCAAGUCCCAGUUGAUCAGUUCAGCUCCGUCGGGUUUGGUGGAGCAGGCGUUUAUCGACUCUUAUUUCAUGAAUUAUCACAGCAGUUACCCGUUCAUCCAUGAAAGUACGUUUAGGGCACAAUAUCACGAGCAGAUACCCCGGCCUCAUGGGCCAGUAUGGCACAUUCUCCUCAACACGAUUCUUGCUCUUGGUGCGUGGUGUAUCGGGGAUGAUAGUUCAGAUUUGGAUAUUACCUUUUAUCAAGAAGCCAGAAGUUACUUGCAGCAAACAUCGGUAUUUGAGAUGGGAAAUAUCACCCUUGUGCAAGCAUUGGUUCUUCUCAGCAACUACACACAGAAGCGGAAUAAACCUAAUACCGGCUGGAAUUAUUUGGGUCUGGCUGUACGAAUGUCAAUGAGUCUUGGAAUACACAAAGAAUUUCCAGGCUGGAAGAUUAGCCUGCUGCAACGGGAGAUCCGCAGGCGGCUGUGGUGGGGAGUCUUCAUGUUCGACAGCGGUGCAGCCAAAACGUUUGGACGCCCGAUUCUACUUCCAGACGAGACCAUAAUGGAUGCGCAUCAUGUGUUGAAUAUUCACGAAGAAUCGCUUACACCGGCCACGACGGCAAUACCACCCGAAGUCAACGGGCCAACCAUAUAUUCUGGUCUAAUUGCACAGGCCAAUUUUCAUUUAAAGACCAACCACGUCUAUCAGCAAUUACUCGUCUCCAGCCCGAGUAUCACUACAGCAGAGGCACAAGAAUUGCAGAAGCCUAUGGAGGAGUGGUCCAACGAACUGCCUUAUUAUCUAAAAAAUGCUAUCCCUGACGAGCCGGACUGGUUGGCGCUAAUGCGUAAUCGAUUGAUGUGGCGAGAUAUGAACAUGAGAAUGCUUAUAUAUAGACCUAUUGUCCUUCGAUGGGCCUCGGAACGCUGGAAAGCCACAGAAAAUGCCGUUGAGCCUGAAGACGAAGCAGAAAAGGAAUGCAGACUCCGCUGUCUUCAAUAUGCCCGAGCCACGAUUUCGUGUAUGAUGGAGUAUAUGGAAACCCACAUGUGCACUCGACUUGGCGCUUGGUACAUUCUGUACUUUCUGUUUCAGGCCGCUCUUAUUCCAAUCAUCUUUCUCAUGACUGAUCCUGCUUCACCUGAUGCUGCAUCAUGGUACCAAGACGUGGAGACCACAAAGACUAUACUGAGUCACCCAACCCUAAGCAAUAAUUGGGUAGCUUUGCGCUGUCUCGAUGUGAUCACCCGUCUCUGUUCACCUGCAUCGCUGGCUGAAAGCCAAUCCAACAUGCAAACUCAAUUCAUGAUGCAACCGCAGGGUCAUCUCUUCACUGAUCAGGCAUUUGGACUCUUUCAGAGUGAGAUGAGCGGUCAGGGUGGUGUCGGAAUUGGACCGCCCAAUGCUGGCUUGGACUUUACGGAAUGGGUAAACUAUCCAGGGCAAGAAAACAACUAUACUUGA